UAAACCGGAAUCAUGAGAGGCUUCACUCAUGGUUUAGGAUUAGGAACCCGAACCCUUGAGUUCAUCAAAUCUCUCUUCGAUCAGAGCCGCGUCUUCUCAUCUCUCUCUCUCUCUCUCUUUGAAUCAAAUUUUCUUCGAUUUCGCAUCUCUCAGGUUGGAGCUAUAGAGCGUGAGAUCUAUCCCGCAAAGACCCUACCUUUUUUAUUACACUGCACUCCUAAUGUCGGCCCUUGUGGCGCUAUGCAGAGCUCGAACUGCUGCUUCUUCGUUGAACAGCCUUGUUCGUCCAGCAUUUCGCAGUCUCUCUACAGGUUUUGGUGAUGUGCAGAACAAAACACUUGUGGCAGAAAUGGAAGAAAAGAUGCUCCACAUGGACAUCAACUCAAUGAUCGGAAGUUCCAUGCCGCUAGGUAUGAUGCGCAUAGGAACAAUCAUCCACAACAUCGAGAUGAACCCUGGUCAAGGCGCCAAGCUAGUCCGCGCUGCAGGAACUAACGCCAAGAUCCUAAAGGAGCCUGCUUCAGGGAAAUGCUUGAUAAAGCUUCCAUCAGGGGACACCAGGUGGAUCAACGCCAGAUGCCGUGCUACUAUCGGUACAGUGUCGAACCCGUCUCAUGGAGUGAAGAAGCUCUAUAAAGCAGGGCAGAGCAGGUGGCUGGGGAUAAGACCUAAAGUGAGAGGUGUGGCGAUGAAUCCUUGUGAUCAUCCACACGGUGGUGGUGAAGGGAAGAGCAAAAGUAGUGGAAGCAGAGGAAGGACAUCGGUUAGCCCUUGGGGGAAACCGUGCAAAGGAGGUUACAAGUCAGCUAGUGUCAAGAAGAAGAAGAAGAGAUUGGCAGCUAGAGAAGCCAAGAUGUGAUUCAUAUUGAUGAAAGGAUGGUUUAACUCUCAGGAUUGUUUUAAUGACAUUGUUGAAUCUGUGAGAGUUUUAAGUCUAAUAAGUUCAGAACAAUCGUUGAUCCGUUAUGGAUGAAGAUGGUAUGAAAUUAUGAAUGUUGUUAUGUGUUUUCUUUUUCUUUAAAUUGAAAUCAAAACGUUUUUUUUUUUAAA